AUUUGGGAAAGUUAGAGCUUGCUAUAAAAGUUGCUGGAGGCCAUUGCUUCCUGUUAGGGGGCGCGGUUAUCGUGCUAAUAAAUUUUCCCAUUUAUUCUUUCUAGAAAUUCUUAAUAUUUUCCCCCAUUAUUCAGUUUUAAUUCUCAAUAAUUUUUAUCAGACAAUCAAUUUGCAUCCAAGGAUUGUAUUCCAGUAGUGUUUUCAAAAUAGGUCUUCCAAUAAUAAUAAUAAUAAUAAUAAUAAUAAUAAUAAUAAUAAUAAUAAUAAUAAUAAUAAUAAUAAUAAUAAUAAUAAUAAUAAUAAUAAUAAUAAUAAGCACUAGCCAAAAUUUUCUUCUGCAACCUCAACUCCACCCAUACCUCAUAUAAUUAUGCUGGCUUAUAGAGACCAAAGCUCAGCCUCAAAGCUUAUCCAAGAAAAGAAAUUCUUCGGCUGUGUCUGUACGUGGUCUUCACAUGAUAUCCUUAACCUCCGCGAUAUUAAUCACUGUUCUCGUUUUCUGUAGCUUUUGCUCAGGUAAGUAGCAGACAGUGCUGUAGUAAUGCGUGCCUUCUAAUGAAAAUCCACUUAUUGUACAACUUGUAGUGUGUAAUCUGGUGCUAAUACGUGUAUGGUACCUGUGUGCAUUAAAAUGCUCCAAUGCACUGUUGAUUGCUUCAUUUCCUUUGUUAGGUCAUGUGUCUGGAAGAGACUGUGCCUUCGAGUUCAAAAGUACAUACAGUAGUGUUUUCCUUUCGAUUGGUGCUAGUUUUCAAAAGGAGUGUGUGUAUCAAUCCAACUGCCUCUCGGAGGUCAAUGUGUACUUAGCAAACAAACCCAAUGUGUGCUUUUCUGACAAACCCAUCAGCAGUAAUUAUGACUCUUUUUACAAAACCAGUUCUUCGUAUGAUCAUCAGAAUAAAUCAUACAAAUACGCAUUUUCAUUUUCCAGAUUCGAUUCGUCAUACAUUGGAUUGUAUCGCUGCGUUAUUAAUGAGAUAGGUAAUGAGACGAAUCAAAUGUCCAACAAUCUUGUGCAUGUGAUAACUUAUGCCCAUGAACAAAAUGUGGAGAAGUGUUUCUUGCCAACUGUUAAAGAUAUCAUAGUUGAUCGUUUCAUCUUUCCCAAUGGAAGUGUGGUGGUCAACCUGACCUGGAACAUUACAGAGAAGGACUCUAAAAGCCUCCCAUAUUGCUCCGGAUCCAGACACUGGAGAGUCAAAAUUCAACAUUUCUUGAGUGUAGAUGACACCCCUGGUGAUAGGGACACUAGUACUAGCACCAAGGAUGCUGACAAUUGGAUAAACGUUCCUGGAGGCCGACAGGAUUACCUUUUUUUGCAGCUCUUGGACAAUGUCACCUAUUAUCAAUUUCUAGUGUCUAAUCAGCCAAAAAAGGUUGUGGAGGUUGGAAGGUACAGGUCUCUUGGCUCUCACAUCUAUUACUUUGGAAGGCAAUGUAAGUCAUUUCAUGAGAGGUCUGAAUUCAUUUUUGUGCGUCUCUUGUCUAUAGCUCCGCCAGUCAUUGAUCAAACUUUAUUGAAUGUUGUAAUGGAUGAAUUGACAUCUGAGACCGUCAAAUGCACAGCUAGAGGGUUUCCCCUUCCUUUAGUGAGAUGGGUCAAAGUCACUUCAAAUGGUGGCAGCGUCACAGAAAGAAGAGAAAACGGUAGCAGCACUCUUGUUUUGAAUGAUGCAACCUCUGGCAUGAGUGGUGAGUACUACUGCCUUGCUCAGAACAUGCAAGUCAAUCCACCAGGAGGGAAGAGAACGGUGGAUAAAGCACGCUCAAUUAUUGUUACAGUGAGAGAAUACCGUUCAUCAGAUGACUUACGUUGCGAAUUUGCAGACUCUGCGAUAUCAAGCUCUUUCUGCCGGAGCUAUUUGCAUACCCAGCUUCCCAUUUAUAUCAACACGUCCUCUGACAGUCAAGAGGACUACAUCAGCCUAGCCAUGACCAACAUCAGGAACAAUACUAAUGAUCAGAAGUGUGAGGAUUUGGCUAAUAGUCUCCUCUGUCACACAGUCUAUCCUUAUUGCGAUGCCCGCCAGCCCUUGAGACCACUACCCAGGCCAAUAUGCAUGAGAGCUUGCAAUGAGUUUGUGCAUGGAAAGUGUUCAGCUGAUGCAGAGAGGAUAAAAAGAGGGUAUCCUUCAGUCUACCAGACAAUAAUCAGUAGGUGCCAGUCCAGUGAAGGCGGUGAAGCUCCCGAAUGUAUACCAUUGAGCUAUGAUGCUUCUAGAAAAGGUCAUUCGCUAAUAGUAAACUGA